AUGAGCCUUCCCUAAUCCCCUACACGUGCCUCACCAUCUCUUGUUCUCUCAACUCUCUUCUUUCUGGGGUUUCCUCUCUCUCUCUCUCUCAUUCUGCUGCUGCAACUCAAAGUACACAAAACGUGAAAAGCUGGGAUGGAAGCCAUUGGUUCUGUGGAUGACCUCUUGGAUUUUUCAUUAGACAUAGGUGAGAAAGAUGAUGAUGACGACAAACCUAGGAAAGCCUGUCCUUCACUUAACUCAAAAUGCGGAGAUCCAUCAUUGUUUAACCCAUUGGUCCAGGUUGAUCCAAACCAUUCAUUUUCUGAGUUUGCAGAAGAGGAGCUUGAAUGGCUAUCCAACAAAGAUGCAUUUCCUUCUGUUGAAACGUUUGUUGACCUAUCAUCUAUUCAACCUGGCACAACCAAGAACCAGAAAACAGUACUUGAGUGCAGCACAGGCAGUAGCAACAGUAAUAACAGCACUAACAGUAUUUCCCUCCUAAACAGCUGUGAUCGCCUUAAGGUCCCAGUCCGUGCACGGAGCAAGAGUCGCAGUAGGCGUCGCCCUGGCCUUGCUGAGAAUUCUACACAGCAAGUCUGGUGGAGACAACCAAGUAAUGAAACUUCCAAAGCAGACGAAGGGAUGAAAAUCUCACCCAUUGGGAGAAAAUGUCAGCACUGUGGAGCUGAAAAAACUCCACAAUGGCGGGCAGGUCCCCUUGGGCCAAAAACACUUUGUAAUGCAUGUGGGGUUAGGUUUAAGUCUGGGCGGCUCGUGCCUGAGUACCGUCCUGCAAGUAGCCCAAGUUUUCGUAGUGAUUUGCAUUCUAAUUCCCACAGGAAGAUAGUAGAGAUGAGGAAGCAGAAGCAAAUGGGAAUGGGAUAAAAUGCAAAGUGGUAAUGAGCAGUACUUUUAGCAUUCAGCGUGCUAGGACUUAGAGAUUUAAUUUUCUUUUCGAUUUUGAUUUAUUCUAAUUUAAUUUUUCGUCCAUUUUUGCUAUGGGAUCGUUGUAGACAGGGCAGUGAAAAUUCUUGAUUGAAAAUGAAUUUAGGGAGGUCUUAAAUCAUUUGUCUAUGUUAUGCUGAUAAGACAGAGCAAUUUGGGAUCUUUUGAUUUGUCUAUUUUUUAUGGUUGUAACUUGUAACAUGUAGUGUGAUUGGAGAUGCUGGAGAAGGUAAGUUGCUGGAAUGAUGACUGUGGUCCCUUUACCAGAGAGAAGCUCUUGUGCUUAUCUGAACUAAUUCUAAAUUGUUAAGACAGUAGUGGUGUAGCUGAUUGUUGAGGAAUUAUGACACCAUUCAAGGAGUGAUGACAUCAUUCAUGUAUUUGAAUUUUGAAGAGAGGAAAGAUAAAAUGCUGUCUUAUCUUUAGAUGUAGAGACAGGUAUGUUCUUUAUUAUUUGACCCUCCUUCUAAGGAGGUCAAGAUGUAUGCAACAAAAUUUGUAUUAAUCAAGCCUUGACUAAUUGGUGGCAUCGUGUAAUAUUUGUGUUUCAUUGUCUUGGUGACAAUUGCAAACAUGAAUACAGUUCAUUUUUGGUUAUAACUUGCAAUUUGCUCUUGUAUGAUUGAUCCUUUAUAUUGUGUAGAGAAUGGAUAUUACAAUGCAGA